AUGUCACCCUUUCUGCGCAUUGGUUUAUCCAACUAUGACAGUGGCCCUUACCUGCCAUCCCAGGGGGAGGUGAUUAACCCAUACUGUGCUGUGAUGGUGAAAGAAGCUGUGGAGUCAGAAAAUGGACAAGUGUACGUGCAGAAGAAGCCCACCAUGUACCCCCCUUGGAACAGCACUUUCGAUGCCCACAUCAACAACGGCAGGGUCAUGCACAUUGUUGUCAAGGACAAAAGUGCUGAAAUGGUUUCAGAGACCACGGUGGAACUCAAGGUGCUGGCAGAGAGGUGCAAAAAGAGCAAUGGGAAGACAGAGAUGUGGCUAGAACUGAAACCUCAAGGACGAAUGCUGAUGAAUGCAAGAUACUUCCUGGAAAUAAGUGAUGCAAAGGACCUGGCUGACAGUGAGACUGAAGCAUUCUCCCUACACCAGCGCAGGGGAGCCAUCAAACAGGCCAAAAUCCAUAAUGUCAAGUGUCACGAGUUCACAGCCACCUUCUUUCCACAACCUACCUUCUGCUCUGUCUGCCACGAGUUUGUUUGGGGACUGAAUAAACAAGGCUAUCAAUGCAGACAAUGUAAUGCUGCCAUUCAUAAGAAAUGCAUUGAUAAAGUAAUAGCCAAGUGUACAGGAUCAGCAGUCAAUAGCAGAGAAACAAUGUUUCAUAAAGAACGGUUCAAGAUUGACAUGCCUCAUCGCUUCAAAGUCUACAACUACAAGAGCCCAACGUUCUGUGAGCACUGUGGCACGCUCCUCUGGGGCCUUGCACGACAAGGACUGAAGUGUGAUGCAUGUGGCAUGAACGUCCAUCACAAGUGCCAGAUGAAAGUAGCAAACCUUUGUGGAGUUAACCAGAAACUAAUGGCUGAAGCUCUGGCAAUGAUAGGGAGCACCCAGCAGGCUCGCUGUCAGCGUGACACUGAACAGAUCUCCAGGGAUGGACCUCUUGAAAUUGGCUUCCCAGUUACUGCUAAGGAGGUGACAUCGCUUCAGCCAUUGCCAGCAUCUACAACAGGAAAAAAAGAGCCACAAGGCAUCUCCUGGGAGUCUCCAGUGGAGGGCACAAUGAAAGGGGAAUCUCUGAUAGAGUCAGACUCAGGAGAACAGCCCCAGGAGCAGCAAGAGCAGCAAGUGCAGCUAAAACUAACCAUUGAGGAUUUUGUCCUGCACAAGAUGCUGGGGAAGGGCAGCUUUGGCAAGGUGUUCCUUGCUGAGCUGAAGAGCACAGACCAGUAUUUUGCUGUGAAAGCCCUGAAGAAGGAUGUGGUGCUCAUGGAUGAUGAUGUUGAAUGUACAAUGGUGGAGAAGAGAGUCCUCUCCUUAGCUUGGGAGCACCCAUUCCUGACUCAUGUCUUCUGUACGUUCCAGACCAAGGAAAACCUCUUUUUUGUCAUGGAAUACCUCAAUGGAGGAGACCUCAUGUUCCAUAUCCAGAGCUGUCAUAAGUUCGACCUUCCUAGAGCAACGUUUUAUGCUGCUGAAAUUACUUGUGGCCUCCAAUUCCUCCAUUCCAAGGGCAUAAUUUACAGAGACUUGAAGCUAGACAACGUCCUUUUGGACAAUGAGGGGCACAUCAAAAUCGCUGAUUUUGGGAUGUGCAAGGAGAACAUGUUUGGAGAUGCAAAGACAAGCACUUUCUGUGGGACUCCUGACUAUAUCGCUCCUGAGAUAUUGCUGGGGCAGAAGUACAACACCUCCGUUGACUGGUGGUCCUUUGGUGUCCUCCUGUAUGAGAUGCUUAUUGGCCAGUCUCCUUUCCAUGGCCAAGAUGAAGAGGAGCUUUUCCAGUCUAUACGCAUGGAUAACCCAUUCUACCCUCGCUGGCUUGACAAAGAUGCAAAGGACAUUUUGCUGAAGCUUUUUGUGAGAGAACCUGAGAGGAGACUGGGAGCAAGAGGGAACAUCCGCCAGCAUGCCUUCUUCCGGGAAAUAAACUGGGAAGCUUUAGAAGAAAGAAGGAUGGAGCCUCCUUUCAAACCAAGAGUGAAAUCUCCAAGUGACUGCAGCAACUUUGACAAGGAGUUUCUAAAUGAAAAACCAAGACUGUCGUGUGCUGACAGAGCACUCAUUAACAGCAUGGACCAAAAUAUGUUCAGCAACUUUUCUUUUGUGAACCCUAAAAUGGAGAAGAUACUGUGCUGAGGUCCGCCUUACUGAAAGAGCUCUCUUUAAUGGUGAAUACUCUGCCACAUGAAGACUGUGCAUGGUGGUUUUUACCAAGAACCCUCCAGAAAAACACCUCAGUGAAAGUCUGUACCAUGCCUGGAGGCUUCCAUCUUAUUCCAGUCCAUAGCCAGCUACUCUUCGUUACUGAUGAAGUUACUUCGUGGUAUCUUUUGGUCUCUCAUGUUCUUGAAGUUGAGAGCAUCUGAAGAAGAGGAGGUGCCAAAACCUGUUCCUCACUACUUGUAUACACAGCCAGUGGGUUUCUCUGUAAGAAAAAAACAACUAUAUUUGAGUUUCUUUCUUCUGAAGGACAAGUGGUUUGCUUGAAGGUAUCUGAAGGUAUCUUGGAAGACUUUGGGCUGGAUGUUUCAGUAACCUCCACUUGUACGUGUGUGGAAUUGUGCAUGUAUGCACAGUUUUAAGAAGCAAUUUCAC